AUGUCUCUCUUCCGAACCACCUUCCCCGCCUCGGGCGACUUCGCCCCGCUGUUCCGUCUUCUCGACGACUACGAUGUCCACCGUGCCAGCCGCCAGACGAGCACCCGCAGCUUCCAGCCUCGCUUCGAUGUUCGUGAGAGCGAGGAUGCCUACCACCUGGACGGCGAGCUUCCCGGUAUUGCGCAGAAAGACAUCCACAUUGAGUUCACCGACUCGCAGACUCUGGUCGUGAAAGGCCGCACUGAGCGCGAAUACCACACUGGCGAGCCCAAGGAGGAAAGCGAGGGUGAUAAAAAGACUGAGACCGCCGAGAAGACCCCUGGCCACCGUUUCUGGGCUAGCGAACGCUCCAUCGGCGAGUUCCAGCGCACCUUCACUUUCCCUAGCCGCGUCGACCAGGACAAUGUCAAGGCCAGCCUGAAGAACGGCAUUCUGUCCGUUGUGAUUCCGAAGUCCACUGCUUCGGGAACCAAGAAGAUCACCAUCGAGUGA